AUGGCGAACACUUUGCAAGAGCUCCGUCCCGCUUCUACCGCGGUGGAGAAGGACGACUUCGUAAUCCCCCUCAUCGACUUCGGUCCUUUCUUUUCCGGAACCCCGUCCGAUAAACAUGCGGUCGCGCUGUCAGUCACGACGGCUUUUAAGACUUCCGGGUUUCUUUACUUGAAGAACCAUGGCGUUCCACCCUCCGUCGUCUCCCAAGCGUUCUCCGCAUCCGCCAAGUUCUUCAAUCGGAGCCAGGAACAAAAGGAUGGUCUCGGAUGGACCACGCCGCAGUCAAACCGUGGGUAUAUCGCGACUGGGCGAGAAAAGCUAGCGCCACUCGAGGAGACGAGCGGGAUUAACGAGCUGCGCGGGACGGCGCCCGAUCUUAAAGAAACCAUGGAGAUUGGACGGGAAGGGAUAGAGGACCUGCCCAAUCGGUGGCCCGAUCAUCUCGACGACGAGGGCAAAGACUUCAAAGAAACCAUGUUGUCGUUUUUUGACACCUGUAAGACCCUGCACCGGCAUAUCAUGAGUGCCAUCGCCUUGGGCAUGAACUUGCCCGAGCACUUCUUUGAUGAGUAUGUGGACGCCGGCGACAAUAAUCUGCGUCUGCUUCACUAUCCCUCCGUCCGAAAGGAGGUCUUCCAAGAUAAUCCCAACCAAGUCCGUGCUGGAGAGCAUAGUGACUAUGGUUCAAUCACGCUCCUUUUCCAAGAUCGGCACGGCGGACUACAGGUACGCACCCCGAACGGGAGUUUCGUCGAUGCCACGCCCAUCGCCGAUACGAUUGUCAUCAAUGCCGGAGAUUUGUUAGCACGAUGGUCGAAUGAUACGAUCAAAAGCACCCGCCACCGAGUGGUCGAGCCACCGAAGCUCCCGGCUCAAGACUCCGAUGCUGACUCGCUAGAGAGCCACCCUUCGCGGUACAGCAUUGCAUACUUUUGCAAUCCGAACUUCGACAAGCUGAUCGAGGUUCUCCCCGGAACCUAUGGUGAGGACAUCCAGGUGGACAAGAAAUACCCCGAUAUUACAGCGGGAGACUACCUUGUACAACGACUAUCAGCGACGAUCUAA